UUUUAUUUGUUAGGUUAGCUUGUGUCAAAAGAAUAAUAAAAGAGCGGGUUUGUGUUGAGUCGUGCGGAGAAAUAGCAUAAGACCUUCGUGAAAAUUUCUUCGCAUAAAUUUAAAUUAAUUCUUACAGAAAUAUUCCAGUUAAAUUUCUAUUGAGCGUUCAAAAAAUCUAUUAUAAGAAUGGAUUUUCUAGAAUAUUCAGAUAUAUGUGCAGAAAUUAAAGGUGCAAUGACACCUGGGCGAUUAAAAAUGACCGAUCAAAAUAUAAUAUUUAAAAAUAGUAAAACCGGUAAAGUUGAACAAGUAGCAAGUAGUGAAAUUGACUUAGUCAAUUUUCAGAAAUUUCCUAGUUCAUGGGGCUUACGCAUUUUUCUAAAAAAUGGUGCACUUCAUCGCUUCUCAGGAUUUAAAGAAAGCGAGCAAGAAAAAAUUGCAAAGUUUUUCAAAUCUAACUACAAACAAGACAUGCUAGAACGUGAAUUAAGUUUAAAAGGAUGGAAUUGGGGUACAGCUAAAUUUAACGGAUCAUUGUUAAGUUUUGAUGUGGGAGAGAAAACUGCUUUUGAAAUACCCUUGAAUUAUGUUUCACAAUGUCUUACUGGGAAAAACGAAAUAACAAUGGAAUUUCAUCAGAAUGACGAUGCACCUGUCAGUCUCUUAGAAAUGAGAUUUCAUAUUCCAUCCAGUGAAUUGGCUGGUGAUAUGGAUCCUGUUGAAGCAUUCCACAAACAAGUCAUGAAGAAAGCAAGUGUUAUCAGUGUUUCUGGUGAUGCAAUUGCCAUAUUUCGUGAAAUUCAAUGUCUUACACCACGUGGUCGUUAUGAUAUUAAAAUAUUUAAUACAUUCUUUCAACUUCAUGGUAAAACAUUCGAUUAUAAAAUACCAAUGUCAACCGUAUUACGUUUAUUUUUGUUACCGCAUAAAGAUUCACGACAAAUGUUCUUUGUGGUUAGUUUAGAUCCACCAAUAAAACAAGGUCAAACUAGGUAUCAUUUCUUGGUACUUUUAUUUGGUCAAGAGGAAGAAAUCUCAAUUGAAUUACCAUUUACCGAAGAAGAAUUGAAGGAAAAAUAUGAAGAUAAAUUAACAAAAGAAUUAUCUGGUCCAACUUACGAUGUAUUAGGAAAAGUAAUGAAAGUUAUAAUUAAUCGAAAAUUAACAGGACCUGGUAAUUUUGUUGGCCAUUCAGGUACACCAGCUAUAGGGUGUUCAUUUAAAGCUGCAGCUGGUUAUUUAUACCCGUUGGAACGUGGUUUCAUUUAUGUACACAAACCACCAAUACAUAUUCGUUUUGAAGAGAUAGCAUCAGUAAAUUUUGCACGUAGUGGAGGUAGCACACGUUCAUUUGAUUUCGAAAUUGAAUUAAAAUCUGGUACAACACAUACGUUUAGUAGUAUUGAAAAAGAGGAAUAUGGUAAACUAUUUGAUUUUAUUACAUCCAAGAAAUUACAUGUGAAGAAUAGAGGCAAAAACGAUAAAGCUAGUUAUAAAGAUGACUUUGGUGAUUCCGAUAAUGAAAUUGAACCAGAUGCAUAUUUGGUUCGUGUUAAAGCCGAAGCCGAGGAACGCGAUGAAGAUGAUGAUGGUGGAGACUCUGAAGAUGAAAGUACUGAUGAAGAUUUCAAUCCAAAUCAAGCAGAAAGUGAUGUUGCUGAAGAAUAUGACAGUAAUCCUGCAGAUUCUGAUUCUGAUGAUUCAGAUAACGAGAGUGGUGGUUCUGACAAAGAGAAAAAACCUAAAAAGGAGAAAAAAGAAAAACCAAAAUCAGCUAAAACUGUCUCUGAAAAACCUAGAAAGAAAUCAUCAGGUAAAAAAGAUAAAGAUAGUGAUAAACCUAAAAAACCACAAACUGCUUUCAUGAUAUGGAUGAACGCAAAUCGUGAAAAAAUUAAGAGCGAGCAUCCUGGUCUUAAAGUUACCGAAAUUGCAAAGAAAGCUGGUGAAUUAUGGAAAACUGUUGAUAAAUCGGAAUGGGAAGAAAAAGUUAAAGAAGAUAAAAUCAGAUAUCAAAAACAAAUGGAAGAGUAUCUUGCAAAAGGUGGUGGUGAAGGCAAAGAGAGUAAAGGCGGCUCAGAUAAAAAAUCUACAAGUAAAAAACCAACAACUUCAAGUCCACCAAAAGUAUCUGGAGUAUUCAAGAGUAAAGAAAUUAUCAGUGAUGAUAGUAGUUCUGAUAGUGAUGCAUCAAGUAAACCAGCUAAAAAGAAAACUAAAACUGAUGAGAGUUCUGAUAAAAAGGCUGCAAGUAAAACUGACACUAAGAAAAAGGAAGAAGAAAAAAAGAAAGAUACAAAGAAAGAUGAUAAAAAAGAGAAAGACACAAAAAAGAAGAAGGAUGACGAUGAAGAUGAUGACGACGAAGAAGAUGGGGAUUUUGAUGAAGAAGAAGUGGAAACAACACCACCAAGUAGUGAUAAAUCUGAUGAUGAUAGUGAUUAAGUAUUAUAUUGUAGUUUUUUAUGUUUAAAAUUAAUCCAUUAAAACAAAAUAAUUUUUUUUAAA